CUCCAACCCCGCUACCAUCACUACCGAGCCGUGUGGUACAAGUCGACGAUACACCUUUUCAUACCCUGCGUUGAUCUUCUUGUCCGUCCAGCCUCCCCGUUAUCGAUCAUGGGCCGGUAGUCGUCGUUGCCCGAACAUACACACGCACGUCGUAAUACACCAAGAGACGCCUCUCUGUGACCCAGCGUACAGCGUUCUCUCGAUCCGACGAUUUCGACACCUCCGACUCGUUAAGGCAUAGGGAGCCGACGUCUUACCCUUGCCAGGGAAAGAUGGACCCAGAUCCAAGCGUAGUCUCGCCUAUAGAUUCACAAGACGACACUUCAAUCAGCACCUCGUCCAGCAAAUCGGAUCGACGACCGGUCCUUCUCACUACCUAUGACCAAGGAUCAGAUAGCAUGGGGACGCACGAUGUUAAGCAGGAGCAGGAAAGGAUGGAGAGAAGGAACUCGAUAGUAGAUUCCGACUCGGGCAGGAUCUCACCGCCUCAAACGAAAGGCCAGUGGGACGCUUUCAUCAAGAGCUACCUCGACGACAGUCUUAUGCUCGAGCCGAAGUUGUUUAAGCAGGACACGGUCGAACCGACGAUUAUCACCUUGGAGCCCGUCGAUACUUCUGCCAUAGACCUCGAUCCUGUCUCUCCGGAAGUGGUACCUCCUACAAAUUCGACUACACCUCGUCCUGCUGAGACCUCGACUGCCCGUCCACCGGCUACCAUCGAUAUACCGAAAGGUCAGGCCGAGAAUGAACAGGACACAAAUGGGAACGCGGAGUCUCUGGAACAACGUCUCUUUUCUGUACACGGGGACGAUUUGACCAUGGGUGGUGGUGAGAACCGUCCAAGGGUCGCUGGACCGGAUACGCCGUUGCGGGAGGAAGAUGUCCAAUUCCCUACGGUCUCGCCCCGAGGGGCAGGUUCAGGAUCGGGUUCGGAUGAGCGGGGGGACAAUCAGGACCCCAACAUUCCCAACAUCGUCGCUGGGCAGGAGACGCAUCUGCCAGUAAAGAACAAGAGCAAGGCGUCCAGGCGCGAACGAUCGAGGCAGGGUGAUGAGAACGCCCUCGCUCAGGCUUUGGGUCAGGCGAAUGCGACGAGGUUGACGGCUGUCGGGGAGAACGGCGAACGUGAUGGCGAGGGAGGCACUCAUUCUGGAGAGUCGGUGGACAAGGUCAAAGUCAAGGCGGGAAGUGCUGAGAGUAGAGUACCCCCGGCCGCAUCGUCCCAAUCGUCGGCGACGCUCAGGCAAUCGACUGUGACGGGAGGUACCGCAUCGACUAUCCGAGGAGACCCUGUACAGACCUUUCCCCUCACAGGCAAGGGGCCUGUACAUCGCCUUCGACCCCCGACGAGCACGAUCAAUCGACCGGGAAUUAACCCGCUACAUCCUGGAGAUCUGCAAGAGGGUAACGGCGGCGGGACCCAAAGCACGGGGUCGGGAGAAUCCAGAAACGCCACGGCAUCGUCAUCGGCGAUGGAUUCGCAAAAUUCCAUCGGGUCCAAUACAGGUCUCCCGACGAUCAACAUGGGCGCUGCCGGAGCGAACGAGACGGACCGGGUCAGAGAAUUUUUUCAGAAAAACGGUUUCCUGUGUGCUCCCAAACAGCAGCCGGAGGCGGUUAGGCGGAGGUUGAGGAUGAUCAGGCGGCUAGGGCUUGAUAGACCUGGCCAGCCGAUAAGAAGGGAGACGCUCGACAAGUUCACUCGGCUGGCCUGUUCGGUGUUCAACGUCAAGAUCGCCGCCGUGACCAUCAUCGGCAAGCACAAUCAGCUGUUCGUCUCCGAGAUCGGGUUGGGACAGCACGAGAUGGACACCGACUUGGGCCUGUGCACCCACACGGCCCUGUCCGCUGGAGACUGUAUGCUCGUAGCGGAUGUCGGCAAAGAUUGGAGGUUUUCAAAACACCCACUCGUUUGUGGAGGAUCCGGACCGAUCCAGGCGUAUUGCGGAGCUCCUUUGAUCGUCACGCGGGGGAAAUAUCCGGUGACGAUCGGUUCAUUCUGCGUGAUCGACAUGAAACCUCGACCGGACUUUGGUGAACGCACCAAGGCGGUCAUGACGGAUCUCGCCGGGUGCGUUGUCGCCGAGCUCGAGCAGAUGUAUCAAGUCACCGAGAAUCAACACCAACAGUCGAUGCAUCAGGUGACGGUCGAUUUCUUGAGACAGUCUCUGCAGACCGGGACGGGAUCGAGGCGGGAGCUGAACCGCAAAGCAAAGACGGCAGCUGUCGCCGCUGGUAACGUCAAAGAUCGGACAUCAAUCGCCGAGGAAGGUGACGAGGACGAAACCAGUUUGGACCUCUUUCAAGAAGCCUGUCGAAUUGUACGCGAUACCCUACACGCCAACGCAUGUGCUAUCGUCGACGCUUCCAACUUUCACGUCUUUUACCCUAUCAACUCGGGCGGGUCCGCUAGAGGAAGUUCGUCCGGCGCUCCGACCGAUUCGGGUGGAGGUAGCAGUUCGCGAGACGAUACGUCGACUCUAGGAGGAUACUCGUCGGACGGUUCGUUCCUCGGUCUAAAUGCGGGAGACAGGCGGACAGCGAGGAAUCUGGUCAACCUGGUACCGAGAUCGCUGGCGCCGACCGUUCAGUUCGUGCCCAGGAGGCGGCGGAACGAGGCGUUACACAACGAUGAGUGGGCAGACGAUAAUGAAAAGAUCAGGAUGCUCGGCUCCGCGAUGUCGGAUGAUUCCUCGCAAUUCUACUUUCAGUCCCCCGAGGCCAAACGAGUCGUCGCCGAAUUCAUCUCGCUCAACCUCAAGUCGCGAAAGACCUGGUUCGAGAGGGAUGAUUCCAAGGCCAUCGCCAAUAGUAUCAACGCAGUAAUGCCGCCUGGUACUGCCUGCAGUCUAGCCAUGCCAAUAUUCGAUUACGAGGGACAGUGUGCCUUUGUGUUCGUAGCGUGCUGGACGGAUGAUCUCUACACGUAUAAUUCUUCGGCAUUGAGCUUUGUUGAAUCGAUUUGCGGCACACUGAUGGCAACAAGCCAACGAAAUCGAAUGGCAGCAGUAGAGCAAUCACAGCGUUUGUUUGCGAGCCUGGCCAACCACGAACUUAGAACGCCCAUGCAUCAAAUGUUGGCUAGCACAGCGCUGUUGCGCGACCUCGCCAAUCAAGCGGAACCUAUCAGUAACAAUGAGCUCGUCAUGUCCCGAGUGCUAAAACAGGAAAUCGGGGAACUUUGCGACACCCUUGAUUCGAGCGGUCGGACCUUGGACUCGCUGCUCAACGACGUGCUUGACUUCUUGGAUGUAGGCGGUGAACACGCCGAACAGCGAGACCUGACCAUGAAAGGCCCACAAAAAGCGUCUGAGCCAAUGGAGAGCGUACUCACCGAGGUUAUACGAGAAGCUUGGGAGAUGGAAGCCAGAACUCGAGGCGUAUCCGGAGGUGACAUGGACGACCUUGAAGUCUACCUGGAGAUUAUGCCACGAGAAACGGGGACAUGGCAACUUGACCGUGAUAAACUGCCAUUGCAACGGGCGGUGCUGAAGCUUCUCAUCAACGCAUUCCAGUGCACACCUCGCGGAUACAUCGCCGUCAUAUGCGAGGAUAUCUCCCGGAAAACCCAUGCGCCACGAGGUUAUCACGAGGCGCGGCCAACCACUAUGGUAUCGAUCACUAUCGAAGACAGCGGGAUCGGGAUGGAACAGGACUUUGUCGACAAUCACAUCUUCAAGCCUUUCGCCAAAGCCAAUGUUCAUGCGAAAGGGGCCGGUCUCGGAGUCCCGCUCGCAUCACGAAUGAUCGACCUCAUGGGCGGGUCCAUCAUGUUUCAAAGCGCAGUUGGAUCGGGAACAUCGGCCAAGAUAGAGGUACCGCUGUCCAUUGACACCGAAGGCGAUGGCACUGCAGAGGAAACAGAUUCAAACGAGGUGCGCGUACAUCUGCUGGGAUUCAAGAGCAAGGAUGGGUUGGCACUGGCGCACAUGGCGGCAAGCAUGAAGCGGCAGCUACGAGCGUCGCAGUGCGACGUGGUUCGCAGCCUGUCCGAAGCGGACGCUGUGGUCAUAGAAGAAGCGUGUGAUCUGGAGCCAUAUGAGAGCGAUCUCUUGGCUUUUACCAAAGUACACCAUAGACAGAUCGUAAUGUUUGGCUCGUCGACAUCGCCAAGGCGGACGGACCCACCCGGUUCGAUACAACUAGGCGGGGAGGAGGUCCCAGUUUGCUGGGUCUUUAGGCCUCUAUUGCCUGCCGUUAUCGACCGUAUCAUCACGGCCACUCGCUCUCGAUCAUGGGACGAAAGACCGGCAGGUCAGAGCGCUCAUCCGAAGAAGGGCCAGAUGAUCAACCCGGACUCGACUACGACGGAAUCCGAUAGCGACGCGGAACAAAAGCCGAGGAUAGAACAACAGCCUCAAGCCGUCAUGCCUGAACCCGCGAUGAGCGAUCCUAAUCUCGCCGACCUGAAACACACGCGGCCAGAGAUGACGGAGCGUAGCGAAACUUCCAAGUCUCUUGCGUUUUCACACGCGAAAGAGACCGAGAAAAGCCAGGCAGAAUCGACGGAGCUGCAGGCGGCUUUCAAAGUUCUGGUCGUCGAGGACAAUGUUGUGAACAGACGAUUACUUGUAGGAGCCCUCAAGAAAAUGGGUAUUCACGUCGCGGAGGCCGUGGACGGGGAAGAUGGCAUCUCUGAAUACACCCUGUUCAAGCCUGGUCUUGUUCUGCUCGACAUCAACAUGCCUCGGAAGAACGGUUUCGAGGCUGCGAUCGCCAUUCGGGCAUAUGAGCAGGAGAUGAAGUGGCCCCGCUGCAAGAUCAUUGCCGUCACCGCUCUACAAGGUCCACUGAAUGAGCAGAGGGGGUUGAUCGAAGCUGGGAUCGACGAAUGGAUCACAAAGCCCGUCAGCAUCAGACGACUACGUCAGGACGUCUCCGACCUUCGCAAAAAGUAUCAGGCUUCAGCAUGAGUUGAGGGGUGAAUCGACGACCGCCAACCAAGAAUACAUCACAUCACACAUCACAAAUAGAUCACGAUCUGAGACGUGCACACGCGUGGAGUUGUAUAACGCGGACAGCCGCAGAAUUUGCACAUGGUUGUAUUAUGGCUAAUCGGGGGGAUCGGAGCAUGAUUGCAGCAUCGAAUAACGUACACGCAGAU